AUUUGUUUUCGUAAAUUCGAUUCAGUUCGGUUUGAAACGGUUUGAAACGGUCGACUUCCAUCCCGGGUCAGCUCUAAAAUGGCACGCUUAAAUCUAUAAAGUAACAGAACCCAUUCAAAUUUCUGUUUCGACGGUUGCACCAAUCAGAUAGCUCAAGCUUUCCCGCCAUGGAACUUGGCUGCGUUGUCGAAACCAAACACCUCAAAUCUUCUCUUUCAACACAAAGCUUUGAUUCCUGCAAAUCCCCCUUCCUUCUCAGACAAUUACACGCUCAGAUUCUAAAGUCUCCACAUAAUCCUUCCAACCUCAACCUCGCAACCAAAUUAGUCGCCUCUUAUGGCAAAUUCGGUGACUUGGAAUCUGCCCAUUUGGUUUUCGAUCGAUAUCCACGAUACCCAGAUGCUUUUCUCUUCAAUUCCCUCAUCCAAGCCCACAUAUCAAACUCUUUAUUUCUAAAAGCUAUAGAUAUAUAUGUGCAAAUGAUCGAAGUUGGUACCUUUCCCAACCAAUACACGUUCCCUUUGCUUUUCAGAGCCUGUGCGUCUUCAUUCAUGCUUCAUCAGGGGAUACAGAUUCAUGCUCAUGCUGCAAAAUUUGGGUUCAUUUCGAAUCCUUUUGUGGUGGUUUCUUUAAUGAAUGCAUAUAUGAAAAAUGGCGUGGUUGAUAUUGCUCGCCAGUUGUUCGAUGGAAUGGUUGAUAGGGAUAUUGUUUCUUGGAAUGCAUUAUUAACAGGCUACUCACAGAAUGGAUGGCCAGAAGAAGCUUUGGAGGUCUUCAACAGGAUGAGGGAGGAAAAUGUGGAUGCUAACUUUGUUUCUGUUGCCUCUGUGAUUGCCGCUUGCUCACAGCUGCGGUUUCUAAAUCAGGGCAAGAGCAUUCAUUCUUGGGCGUUGAAGAGUGGAUUUAAUGCUGAUGUUGUUGUUGGCACUGCUCUUCUGGAUAUGUAUGCAAGUUCUGGUGACACUGAAUUAGCUGGCAAAGUGUUUGAAGAAAUGCUUACGAAGGAUUUGAUUGCUUGGAAUUGCUUGAUAUCCUGUUAUUGCCAAAAUGGGUUGAUUGAUGAUUCCUUUAGCUUGUUUGUAGAGAUGCAAAACACUGGAUUGAAGCCUAAUGGGUCAACUUUAGCUGGAAUACUACCCGCUGUAGCCCGUUUAGGUGCAGUCCAUUUGAGUAAGUCCUGCCAUGGCUUUAUCAUUAGGAAUCGAUUGGACAUGGAUGAGUAUGUGCUUACUGCCUUAAUGGAUGUUUAUGCCAAAUCUGGUGAUUUGGUUGCUGCACACAGGCUUUUUGAUCUCAUUCCUAAAAGAAGUGUUGUUGCUUGGAGUUCAAUGAUUUUUGGUUAUGGCACCCAUGGUUGUGGGGCUGAGGCUCUCAUGCUGUUCGAGAAAAGGCAUGAAUUUAAUGUAAAACCAAAUUAUAUUACCUACAUUGGAGUCUUAUCUGCUUGUGCUCAUGCUGGGCUUGUCAAAGAGGGCAGGGAAUAUUUUCGACGAAUGGUUGAUGACCACGGUAUCACCCCUUCUGUGCAACACUACGCAUGCAUGGUAGACAUGUUUUCCCGUGCAGGGAAUUUGGAUGAGGCAAUGGAUUUGAUCACUGUGAUGCCUGUUGAACCCUCGCCAGGUAUUUGGGGUGCUUUAUUGGGUGGUUGCAGGAUCCAUGGUCAUGUUGAGCUUGGUAAAUAUGCUGCUGAACGGUUAUUUGAGUUGAACUCUUCAGAUCCUGGAUUCUAUGUCUUGCUAUCAAACAUGUAUGCUGCUGCGGGUAUGUGGUCAGAAGUGCAAAAGGUGAGAGGUCUAAUGAAAGAAAAGGGCUUGAGGAAACCAGCAGGGUGGAGCUCAGUUGAGAUUGGUAACAAGGUUCAUUCCUUCGUCUCUGGGGAUAUGUCCCACUCAGAUUCCAAUGAGAUAUACCAGAAAUUGGAUGAGCUGAUGGAGGAGAUAGGCAGGGUUGGGUAUAUCCCUGAGACCAAAGUUGUGUUGCAUGAUGUGGAGGAUAACGUAAAGGAAAAUGUUUUGAGGAGCCAUAGUGAAAAGUUGGCCAUGGCUUAUGGAUUGCUGAGAGCAGCACCGGGCGUACCCAUUAGAAUAAUGAAAAACCUUAGAACAUGUGAAGAUUGCCAUUCUGCUGCAAAAUUCAUUUCAAAGAUCACAGGUAGAGAAAUUGUGCUGAGGGAUUCAGUUCGAUUUCAUCAUGUCAGAGAAGGGGUCUGCACGUGCAGGGAUUAUUGGUGAAUCUUUACUACACUGUGAAGAAGUAAAUUAUUAUGUAAACUAGAAGAGCCCAUCAUCUGUCUGACAGAAUUAAACUUUUUGGUUGUAAGUUAUCAUACUUCAUUUCAGUCAAAUUUUGAUAUAUAGGCAUAGAACAUCAUUCUGCACAGGUUGCGAGUUGUACAUUUAUCAAAUUCCACUUGUUUAUAUUCUAAAAUCUCAGGAUUUUUUUAA